CUUCCAAAUCUUCAAUACAUAUGGGCAUGCCACUUAGCAUCAUAAAGCUUUGAGCUUUCUUGCUGGAAAAUUGUGGGUUUAUUUUUUUGGUUACUUUCUUGCUAAUAAGUUUUCAUAAACUUCGGUUGGUCUUUUUUGUUCUUUUAAUCAUAAUGGGAGGAGCAUCACUGCCACCUGGAUUUCGUUUCCACCCAACAGAUGAAGAAUUAUUGGGAUAUUACCUAAAAAGAAAAGUGGAAGGGCUUGAAAUUGAGCUUGAGGUUAUUCCUGUGAUUGAUUUGUGCAAGUUUGAUCCUUGGGAAUUGCCCGAGAAAUCAUUGUUGGCAAACAGAGACAUGGAAUGGUUCUUCUUUUGUCCAAGGGACCGCAAGUACCCAAAUGGAUCAAGAACUAACAGAGCCACCAAAGCUGGUUAUUGGAAAGCCACUGGAAAAGACAAGAAAGUUGUGUGCCAAUUUGAUACUCCUUCCACUGUCACAGGAUAUAGAAAAACCCUUGUCUUCUACCGUGGCAGAGCCCCUUUAGGUGAUAGAACUGAUUGGCUCAUGCAUGAGUAUCGCCUCGCCGAUGAUCUCGGCCUAGCAUCUACAUGUUUUCAGGGUGGUUAUGCCUUGUGUCGGGUUAUUAAGAAGAAUGAGAAGGUGAACAAUGGGAAUGAUGCGUCAAUGAGAUUCUCCAAUGAGCCCUUCUCCAUUUCUGCUGAUGCUUCAUCUUCUCAACCAAGUUAUUUGAACAGUGAGAGUGUUUACUCAAGCCCCAAUGCUUCUUCACACAAUGUGGCUCCAAUGGCAGACUCUAACCAAGCUUCUAUAAACACCAGUUCUUCAUCAGAAUUUUGGGUGUCCCCUGAUCUGAUUCUUGAUUCUUCAAAGGACUACCCGCAACUAGAAAAUACUUUUACAAGGUGUGACAUACCAAGUAGUACAAUGACACCAUGCCUCUCAUUGGAUCAACCUGAAAUUUCACCUAGUUCAUCAUACUCAAAUUUUAAUGGGCAACUUGGAUUUUCCGAUGAUUUCAAUAUGAUUGGCGGCAUGUCACCUUACUCAAUACAAGAAGAUUUUAUGUACUUUCAUGGAAAUGAUGGGGAUGUUUCUUAUGGAAGUUAUGAUCAUAUUAAUUCAGUUGAGUACCCUGAAUACUUCUGAAAACAAAGAAAUAUCAUUCUACAACUUUUCUUGAUAUGCAAGGUGUCAUGACUGAAGUCGCUAGCAAUCGAAAUUUCAAGCAAACAUAGUUUAGAUGUUAGCACCAAAGAGCGAGUUACGAUUUGGAAAGUGGAAAAGAAAAUCAAGGGUUAUAAGGUACAAUACUAGCAUGAUUGUGCACAUUACUAUUUAAAGUGUAAUUGAAGUUUAAAGGAGCUAAAUCUUGGGAUCAAAUUCUUGUGGGGGAUAGUUAUUUUAGAUGAAUUUUAUUUG